AUUGUCAAAAACGGUGGUAUCGAGAGAGGUUACCUUGCUAUCCUAAAAUCAAUUAAAUUUUAAUAUAAAAUUAUUAACUAAUGCCACAAAGUAUUACCAGUAAACUGACUGUAUUAAGUUUUCAUUGAUCUGAAAUGGCUACGUGGUCUAGGUUCCAGAAAAUAGCGAUCAUAAGUUUAGGUGCUGUUGGCGGUGGUUUUGCCUAUUAUCAAAUAAACAGUACAAGGAGUGAUAAAAAAUUCGAUGUGCAGAACUCGUGGACGACGAAUUUCACGCCCAGUGUGAAAUGGGACAAGAAUUGGGACCAUCGAGAGCCAGCGAGCUUAGUGAAGCCUAUACGUUCCGAUAAGCCCGAGGAAGAAAACAGGUACAAUGAGCAAUUGGAGAAGUCUAAAAGCAAAGCUGUCAGGCAUUUGUUCCUCAUCAGACACGGCCAGUAUAACGUGGACGGUGUUACGGACAAAGAAAGGACAUUGACAGAGUUAGGUAGACAGCAAGCCGACCUAACAGGCCAGAGGUUAGCAUGCCUCGACAUCAAAUGGGACCUACUGGUACGGUCAACGAUGACACGCGCUCAGGAGACCGCCAAAAUCAUUGCGCAGCAUCUCGACAAAAAUAUUGAGGUCAAAGAUUGUCAGCUAAUUGAGGAGGGGGCUCCUAUCCCACCAGAGCCACCUGUGGGACACUGGAGACCAGAGCCAAGACAGUUUUUCCAGGACGGCGCGCGCAUCGAGGCGGCAUUCCGCCGCUACUUCCACAGAGCGCCACCGGAGCAGACCCAAGAUAGCUAUACGCUGCUGGUGUGCCACGCCAACGUGAUACGGUUCUUCGUUUGCAAAGCCCUUCAGUUCCCUCCCGAAGGCUGGCUGCGGAUAGCACUAAACCAUGGCUCCAUCACCUGGAUCUCCAUCCUUCCUAGCGGGAACGUGGUCCUCCGCACCCUGGGCGAGACGGGACACAUGGCCCCCAAAUAUAUCAGCAGCCGGUAAACUGGUUGAUAUAUCUACAGUCACAUAUCUAGAAGUUAGGUUUGAGCAGUGAGUCCUUGGGCGCCCCUUUCAUUUGGUCCCUUGAAAUUUUUGGGUUUUACACUUCUUAUUCCUAUUGAAUCGCCCCAUUAAGGUGGAUCAAUUUUCAAGCCCCUUUGGUCCCUUCAAGUUUUUGGGUUUUUUCCACUUAUACCAUUAAUUCGCCCCAUCAACCCUGUUCAUAGCAAUGAAAAAAAAAUUGGGAAAUAAUUGGGGAUUCGUGGAAAAAGUUCACAUACCCUUAUUGAUGACGGUGAAUGGGGAUAAGUGGGAUGACCCAAAUUUUUUAAACUUAAAGAUGCAGCUUUUUUUUCGAUGUGCGACAUUUUGGCGCCCUUUUUGGUGCCUAGAGCAGUGGUUUCUAAACUUUUUUAGCCCUAUAUAUCUCGAAUUUAUGAGCAACAAUUUCAUAUCUGCUACAUGUGUUGUCGGCGCUAACUUACAACUAGUGCAUAUCUUUAAAUAAUUAACAAGUGGAAUGAAAAUAUGUGCAAUGCUUUUUCAAUCAAAUCCUACAUUUUAAACGGAGCCCAUAAUACGUAUUAUUAGUAGUAAUUAAUAAAUCUAGUUUUAUGUUACUAACAAUUUAGUUAUUAUAUCACAUAGAAGUUGAGAUAUGUGACUUUUUCAUAUGGGCAUUUAUGUAUACUGAUUUUGUAUAAAUGAAAUACAAACCAAGGAUAUUUGACUGACAUAAAAUGAAUACUGUUUAAUAUACAUAUCCUUAUCCAUAUUAUGUAGUGUGCGUUUGUAUUAUUUUUUAUUAUUAGUGAAAUGUGAAUUAAUUAUUAAUAAAUUCUUUUUUCUUAAUCACACAACUAUCAAAUCAACUAUAGUCACUUAAGUCUAGUUACAUGUCUAAAUGAAAAGACUGGAGACCUUAUGAGAGUAAAAAUAUUGGCAUUUUGGUUACGAACUGUUCUUUUUAAAAUAAAAAGUUUCAGACGUUGAUUCACACGUCAGAUAUCCUGUAUAUUUCUUCUUCUUUCCUGUAUAUUUGUAAUGUCAUUGAGAGUUGAAACGUCAAAGCUUUGUACUGCUAACGGUUUUUGAAUUGGCCUCUAAUUUCUUUAUUCACCCAUAAUAGGGAAACGAGUGGUUUGAGCAUUCAUAAUACAGUACAAAAGGACGCUAUUGUGUGAUAUUUUAAUCUGUUAGUAACAAAAUGCAGUUUCACACGCAUUUUAAAUCUGUUACUAAGAGAGGGCGUUAUUAUAAAAUAAUUUUAUUUGAAUUCUGCUUUUUUGUUUUUUGAAUUCGCUAUUAAAAUACAAUGAAUGUAUUGCAGGCGUAUUUUUUGACAGCUUAAUAUUUGCAAUUCGCAGAAAUAAUUAUCAGUUUUGUGGAAAUAGAAUGCGAUAAUUGACCACCAAUUUUUUAUGGCUAUGAAAAAUAUUCAGAAAAAAAAAAUUUACAAAACUCCCCGUAUUUUUUCCUAACCAAAAUAGACUGAAUAACUUGUCUUUUAGUUAUAGUUACCAUAAAAUAACAAACUAAAGUGUUCACACAUUACCUCUGACUAACAUUAUACUUAUUUAAACCUAACAUGUGUUAACAGGAAUAAUCCGACUUAAGUGAUGCUGAGAAACGCAGACGAACGGUAUUUAACGUAGUAUCACUGUGCCGUAACUUGCUUUUGCACAGGCUUUUGUGUAUUUUACAAGAAUACAGUAAUUGAAAUCUAAGAAAAGCUUAGAAAAUGCAACAUUCGUGAAGGUUUGACGAACACAAAUGUUAAAGAAUUCGCCUUACAGCUAGCGCUAAAAGUAACUUGAAAGUUCCUUUAACACGUUUAACGCCAUAAUUUAAAAAUAAUAAAAUGUUUUUGGGUUCACUUGAUGUUUUAGAUUGAAUUUUUAAAAAUUCCUAAAAAUCCGCGCAUAGGUUUUCUUCAAAUUUAACAAAAAAAAAAAAUAGAACCGACUAAAAGGUGUUCGCUUUGCAGUAUUUGUAAUGAGACAGAUAAUUUAAUUCCCAAAAUAAUGUGAAGGGAAAUUCGAAUUUAGAAUGUUAUGUUUUUUUUUGUUGUAAAAUAGGUC